AUCCGUCGAACACGCCCACACUUCCACACAUCAGCGAGCUGCUGCCUCAAACGCUGGCUCUGAGUGUAGCGUCGCAGCGAUACAUGAAGGAUGGAGUUCGCCUGCAGCCACGUGGUGUGUAACUGGAGGCCCCACGGAGAAGGUGUGUCUCUCACCGUUCCUGACUACCACAACGCACCGACGGUUAAAGCAGACGAAGUUGGCCCUCCGCUGCCUCCUCGUCGUCUGAGGACACUUCGGCCUUCCUCCCCGACCGUCCCUCCUCCUCCCGCGGACCGCCGACAUCCAGCCGUCCCUCCUCCUCCCGCGGACCGCCGACAUCCAGCCGUCCCUCCUCCUCCCGCGGACCGCCGACAUCCAGCCGUCCCUCCUCCUCCCGUGCCUCCUCGCUUGGACAGGCCGGAGGGAGAGAACAGGAUCACAGCCAACGUGAACGUGGUGUCGCUGAGCGUCGGAGAGCUGGUCGACCUCAGCCGAGAUGUCGGGAUGGAGACUUUCCAGAGUCCGGUGCUUUGUGGGAAAUGUGGCGCCGCCCUGUCCUGCCUGAGCUCAGUACAGAACCACGUGUGGCUCUGUGAGUUCUGCAGCGGUGAGAACGUCGUGGACGAUGGCGUGGGUCGAGCGUGUGUGGGUCAGCGCGCAGGCGUUCGCAGCGACGACCUGUACCUGCCGAAGCAGAGCGACGACGACUACCAGAACCUGGAGGACACGCUGGUGGUGUUCUGUGUGGACAUCUCAGGCAGCAUGAGCAUCACCACCGAGGUUCCGUCACUCUUCGGUCCUCCAACGUACAUCUCCAGACUGCAGGGGAUCCAGGACGCCCUGCAGGGGGCGCUGUCCUCCAUCCUGCAGGAGUCGCCUCGCAGGAGAGUCGCCCUGGUGACGUUCAACGACGAGGUGGUGGUCUACGGUGACGGUACCAGAACUCCUCUGAGCCUCAGAGACUGGGCUCUCAUCGACGAACAGCACAUCUGGCAGCUGAGCUCAGCGUUCAGCGUUCCUCACUGCAUCGCCGAGACCCACCUGCAGCUCAGGCAGCGGGUCAAAGACCUCCGGGAACACGGAGCCACGGGUCUCGGUCCUGCAGUGUUAGCCUCUGUUGCCGUGGCGUCCAGGUAUCCAGGUUCAAAGGUAGUUCUGUGUACCGACGGCAGAGCCAACAUCGGACUCGGGGAGCUGGAACAGCCUGCGUCUCCAGAUGCUCCAGACUUCUACGGACGUCUGGCCCAGCGGGCCGUGGACAGCGGCGUCAUAAUCUCAGUGAUGACCUUCGAAGGGACCGACUGCCGGCUGGCUGACAUCGGCCGACUGGCUGACGCUACGGGAGGACAGGUGAACAUCGUCAGCAUCGGCACCGUAGCAGCAGCCAUCCAGUCGGUCAGCGUGGACAGCGUCCUGGCAACGGGCGCCACGGCAACGCUGCUGGCUCCCGACGGAGUAUAUUUUCCGUACGAGGAUGAAGACAAUCACAAAGUGGUGAAGGAGAUUGGGAACAUCACCAGAGGGGUGGAGGUCACUUUCCAGUUUGCUGUGAAACCAGAUCUCAUGGACGUGUUUCUGCAGAAGGACACGCUUCCGUUCCAGCUGCAGCUGAGCUUCAAGACCAGAGACCAGCAGAGGGUGACUCGCAUCGUGACCGAGCAGCGGCCGGUGACCAGCAGCAGCCGUAUUGUCAUCAGUCAACUCAACACGGCCGUCCUCAGCGUCCACUGCGCUCAGCUCUGUGCCAGUUUGACGAUGGAGGGUCGAGUCCAGGAGGCUCAGAGGCAGCUGAAGGCCCAGCAGCACCUGCUCCAACUGGUCAGCAGGUUGAGGCCCAUCAGGAACGAGGAGAGCAUCUACGGUAACUGGAUGAGGACCAUAUCGACCAUCUGUGACGACAUCAAACCAGAAAGACCCAGCCUCUCCGACGAGUCAGCGCAGGUCAUUUACCAGAUGAGGAGGGUCAGCAGCAUCAACAGCAGAGACGCCUCCCACAGCAGCAGCCCACCGGAGCUCCAGCAGAGGCAGCAACAAGACUCCGACGGAGGCAGAAUGAAAGAAUAAACAGUGGAAGCAGCCCUGUGUCGUCUGUGUCUGCUCAUCUACCGCUUCACUGGCACACAAGUCUGUAGAUUUAGUUCUGAUUGAUGCAUUUCUCUCCUUUAAUCUGCACUGCACAGCCCAUAAUGAAGACAGUGUUUGGUCUCUACUGAGGUGGUGGAGGAGAACAUUUUGAUCUAAACACAGUGAAGGUAUCUGCUCCAUGUGGACCACACAGAAAUGGACCUUACUGCACAAAUCUAGUCGCAUCAUGAAGCUAAAUCCCUCCGUUAUCAUGUUCAGUCCUUCCCGUGUGGAGCGCUGCAGGUCUGAUCGAUCAGGACUAAAGCUGAUCAGUAAUCGAUCUGUUCCCUAUCGAUCCCUGACUGGUGAGUCCUUCUGUCCUGCACCAGAUUUCUGUUUUAAAGAAACUGCUGCUCAGACAGACACACUUCAUGUGUUGAGUGCUAAAUAAAUGGUUUCUUUGUCGUUUCAAA